ACCCCAGACCUCUUAGUGAAUGCGCGUGUUGCGUUCUCGACGACCGACUUUGGUGAACGCACGAUCCUGUCCAAUUAGUGUUCUCGCGAGAAAACGGGUUAAGUGGCCGGUUCGGUUUGUGAAGUACUCAGUUUUGCGGCGGCAUCAUACGGACUAAUGUUGGCCCCUGAGACGAUGUAUACGUGCGACUUUAGUGCUAGUUGAUGGAAAAAUAAUAAAAACUAUGUAAAAAGUGUAUUUAGUGAAAGCAAAACAAUGUGUUCGGCGUGGUAUACGAGCGCCUUGGUUGUGCUAAGUGCUGCUGUGUCAGCACUGAGCGCCUCGCUGUCGGCGACCACAGGGGCGCGCUACCAGGCGCCUGACGAGUGCCGGUGGACCACCGAUGACAGCGACGCGGGGGUCGCCUUGCAGUGCAGAUUGAGGACUAUAAAUAGUGAACUAGAAAACACAAACUUUAGUGCAAUUCAACCGCAUCUUACCGUGAGAUUGCGGCUCGAGUGCAGUGACGCACUUUUCUUUCAAAGCUCGCUAGCUCCCGGCAGCUUCCGUCAGCUAAUUGAACUGCGGGAACUCACCAUUGAAUACUGCAAAAUUGGGAAUCUUUCCGACGGCGCGUUCACCGGUUUACGUGAAUUAAGAAAUUUAACCAUACGAACGCACAAUACCGAUUGGUCUAGUAUGUCACUUGAAAUAACUUCCACAGCAUUUUCUAGAGAUGUGCAAAACCUAGAGAGAUUAGAUCUUAGUGAAAAUAACAUGUUUGUAUUUCCGGAAGGAGCGCUGUGUUCCUUGAGAAACUUAGAAUAUUUGAACAUGACAGGCAAUAGAAUGAGAGACAUAAGUCAUUUUCAAUUUUCUACCGCGCAUCGACACCCUACAGAAAAAUGUGGAGAUAAUUUACUUGUGCUCGAUCUAUCUCGGAACAUCAUCGAUACUUUACCACCAAACUUAUUAUCAGGAUUACGAAGAUUACAAAAAUUAAACCUUCAAGGAAAUGGACUGAAUUCAAUAGCAGAUAGAGCUCUAGAAGGUCUUAUAUCUCUGACAACUAUUCGAUUUUCUGACAACAUACUAACAAGCCUUCCUCCCGAACUAUUUAGCGACACAAAAGAGUUGAAGGAAAUCUACUUGAACAAUAAUACAAUAACCGUAUUAGCACCAGGAUUAUUUAGUGAUUUAGUGCAACUUUUAGUAUUGGACUUGUCGUGGAAUGAACUUACUUCGGAUUGGAUAAAUACCUCAACAUUCUCUGGAUUGAAAAGACUCGUGUAUUUGGAUUUUUCGCAUAACAGAGUCUCAAAGAUGGAAAUAGCAUUAUUCCGAGAUCUUCAUAAUUUACAAAUAUUGAAAAUGCAAGAAAACUUCAUUGAACACAUUCCUGAAAAUGUAUUUAGUACUUUAAGUAACUUGCAUACUUUAAUUUUAUCAAAUAAUAGAUUGACAACAAUAGAAAGCUAUGCAUUUACCGGAUUACAAGUCUUAACAGUACUCUCUAUAGAUAGCAACCGAAUCUCCAAAAUCAAUCCUCAAUCACUACGCAAUUGCUCAUCUUUACAAGAUCUUCACUUGAAUGGAAACAGGUUGGACGAAGUACCCUUAGCCUUGAAAGAAAUCCCACAAUUGAAAACUCUUGAUUUGGGUGAGAAUUUAAUUGUGAGCAUAGAAAAUGCAUCAUUUAUUGCCAUGCAACAAAUGUACGGAUUGAGGCUGACUGAAAAUAAUAUCGGAAACAUAAGCAAAGGUGUGUUUGACAAGAUGACAUCGCUAAAAAUCCUAAAUUUAUCGAGGAAUAAAAUUCAUAAAAUUGAAGCCGGUGCAUUUGACAACAACAUAAAUUUACAGGCAAUUAGAUUAGAUGGAAAUUAUCUAACUGACAUCGGAGGAUUAUUUGCAAAAUUACCUAAUUUGGUGUGGCUAAACAUUUCUGACAAUCGCCUCGGCUGGUUCGACUAUGCUAUGAUCCCAACUGGAUUGCAGUGGCUGGAUAUUCAUGCUAAUAGGAUAGCGGAACUUGGAAACUAUUUUGAAAUAGAAUCACAAUUAUCACUAAGUACCUUUGACGCCAGUUCUAAUAAGUUGACAGAAAUUACAGGAAGUGCUAUUCCAAAUUCUGUGGAAAUGUUAUAUUUAAAUGACAAUUUGAUAUCUAAGGUACAAUCAUACACGUUUUUCAAGAAACCUAAUUUAACUCGAGUCGAUUUGUACGGAAACAAAAUAACAAACUUGGACCCUAACUCAUUGAGAAUAUCAGCCGUGCCUCAAGACAAAUCAGUACCAGAGUUUUUCAUAGGUGGAAACCCAUUAGAAUGUGAUUGCACGAUGGAGUGGUUGCAAAAAAUUAAUACUGGAAACAGAGCCAGAACUCAGCCAAAAUUAAUGGAUUUGGACAGCAUAAAUUGCAAAUUACUUUACAAUCGUGGCAACGCAUAUGUUCCGUUGGUUGAGGCCGCAUCCCAUCAGUUUUUGUGUAAAUAUGAAUUUCAUUGUUUUGCAUUGUGCCAUUGCUGUGAUUUCGAUGCCUGCGACUGUGAAAUGACUUGCCCAAACAAUUGCACGUGUUACCACGAUCAAUCAUGGUCAGCUAAUGUUGUCGAGUGUUCAAGUGCCGGCUAUGUGAAUACGCUACCCGAAAGAAUACCGAUGGAGGCCACACAACUGUAUCUUGAUGGUAAUGACAUUAAAAUGCUCCCAAGUCACGCAUUUAUCGGAAGAAAAAGGCUAAAGAUACUGUAUUUGAACGCUUCAAAUAUUGAAACUAUUCACAACAGAACAUUUAACGGAUUAAAAGAACUAGAAGUAUUGCAUUUGGACUACAAUAACCUUAUUCAAAUAGAAGGACAAGAGUUUGGAGGGUUGGAUAAUCUACGUGAACUGUAUUUAAACAAUAAUAACAUUAAACACAUCGGAAAAGAAAUGUUUGAUCAUAUGGCACGUUUAAAAAUAUUACAUUUGCACCAUAAUAGACUUAUCACAUUAUCAGUUUGGCAAAUAAAUGCUGCCAUAACAGAAAUAACCUUAUCAUACAACCCGUGGUCGUGUGACUGUGAUUAUACAGAAAUGUUCCGGGAAUGGGCGAAACGAGUGAAUUCCAUUACUGAUCUAUCAAAUAUAAGAUGCAUUUAUUCUAAAGGCAAUAGGACAGAAAUCGUGCCAUACAGUGAUAGCAUAUUUAGUGAACCAGAUUCAGGAUUCAGCGUAAUUAAUGAAAAUGGAUCAAUUUGCACUGGAUUACCGAGUAUAAAUAACAGUAUUAACGGAAAUCUUACUGCAACAAAAACUAUAAUCACAAAUGAAGUAGUUCAAGAUUAUAUGUUGUUAAUUAUAAGCCUAGGUUUAUUAUUGUUAGUGCUAUUUGUGAGCACAAUUGUUUUCGUAUUCAGACAGGAAAUGAGAGUGUGGUUCCAUUCCAAGUAUGGAGUGAGAUUAUUUUAUAGAUCAAGUGACAUAGACCGGGAAAGCAGGGAGAAAAUGUUCGAUGCAUUUGUAAGCUAUAGUUCUAAAGACGAAGCGUGGGUUGCUGAGGAACUCGUACCAAUGUUAGAGCGCGGUGACCCCUCCUACAAAUUAUGCUUACAUUACCGCGAUAUACCCAUGGGCAGCUAUGCCGCAGAGAAUAUUAUGCAAGCUGUUGAAUCUUCGCGCCGUACCAUAAUGGUUCUGAGCGAGAAUUUUAUAAAAUCAGAAUGGUGUCGUUAUGACUUUAAAUCGGCCCACCAUCAAGUAUUGAGAGACAGACGAAGAAGACUGAUAGUUAUUUUGUUAGGUGAUGUGCCUCAGAAAGAUCUCGAUCAGGACAUUAAAUUGUAUUUGAAGACAAAUACAUAUCUACACACGAGUGAUAAGUUGUUUUGGGAGAAGUUGAGGUUCGCGUUGCCGGAUGUGCAAGGUGGUCCGAGAAUUCGUGAUGUGCCAAGCCCCGUAGUGAAUUCAAGUGUAGCUAUGCACAGACACCAUCAUGCUAGGAAUCAUUUGGGCGCAUUACCGCCUCCGCCAGUGCAUGGAGCUCACCCUGUGCUCCCCCCACACCCCUCGCAUAAUCCACAUCAAAUGCCUCCUCGUGCGUCACCACGUACGAUGUCCGUCCAUGUAUGAAAGUAUUAGUGAUGUGAAAUGUGACUGAUAUCAGUGUAGUGACAAAAACUGCGUAACAGUGAAUGUGACUUUCAGAAAAUUGUGAUGGCUAGUCUGUUAACGUAUGUAUUGUAAAUAAACAUUUUAUUAUCAGCUGUAUAUAUACAAAUGCCUAGUUUUAAGGUGUAUUUUUAAUUUAAAAAGACGUUUAUAUAAAUGUUUUACCACAAUUAAACGUCAUUUUAAAAUAGAAGUAUAAAUUUAGUGAUUGAUCGAUUUUUAUAUUGCAGUAAAUGUAACUAUUGUGUUAGGCCUAUUUAGGCUGUGUUUGAUGGGCAAGUCUUGCCAAUUACUAUUAAAGUGACUUAAUAAGGCAUUGGUGCCGAUAUCUGUGAUAAAAUUAGAUGUAGAUCUAGUACUUUUAUUAUCCAAUUAAUGUAAAUAUUAUGUAACUUACAAUUAGUCAUACACGAAAGAAAUAUUUAUUGUAAAUCUUCUCGAAAAUUGACGCUGUCAAGAAGUGAUAAACGAGAAAUAAAAUAUCAAAUGAAUAUA